UUUCGCCAUUAUAUGUUUUUUAUACUAAUUCCAAUAGGCACUUUACUUACUCAGCUCGAUAACUCUCGAUGACAUAUUCGAGUGUCUGCCAUCUCUAAUUAUCAGUAUAACAUUCAGCUCUAAACUAUUGAUUAUAAUGUUAAAUAGCAAGAAAGUAAGUGAUGAAUUUUCAAACUUGCAUUAACACUUGAUUUUUAUGUGAAAAAAUGUUACAUUAGCAAGAAAUACGGCAGCAUGUGUUUAGGUAAAGAUUUGUCUUAACAUAAUACGAAAGGAUUGGCUAUCAGUAAAUACAGAUAUAGAAAGGAUUAUUCUGCAACGGCAUACAAGAUAUGGGCAAUAUCUAGCAGCAUUUUAUGCAGUUUUCAUGCAUAUGACGGGGUGUCUUUUCGUACUUAAACCAAUCAUGCUGACUCUGAUGGCGAAUGAUAUCUUCAAUGUGACAAAAUCUGUGCCGAGAUUACCAUUUCGCGUUGAAUACGGCGAGAAAUUCAAUCAAUAUAUAUAUCCGAUAGCACUGCAUAGUUAUAUUGCCGUGUUCGCUCACACAUUCGCCACAGUCGCGGUCGAUGGCUUGUAUUAUAGUUUAAUUCAGCAUGCUUGUGCAAUGUUCUCGAUUAUUGGAAACACACUGGAGAACAUUGGCAAAAAUAACGAGGAUAUUUUUUACACAAAACGAGCUAAGAUACAGGAUAAUAAUUACAGUAAAACUAUACAUUGUUUACGUAGACAUCCUCUCGUGAUAGAAUUUGCUGAACAUAUCGAAUCAUUAUUUACGAAAAUAUUUCUAAUUAAUCUUAACUUAAAUAUGAUCAUUGGAAGUUUAACUGGUAUACAAGUGUUAAUGAAUUUAGAUAAAAGCGCAAGGGAUAUCGCUGGGCCAAUAACUAUGUAUAUUGCACAAUUCCUUCAUUUGUUUCUUCAUUUUUGGCAAGCUCAAUUUUUACUUGAUUACAGUAUCCUUCCAUAUAAAUCUAUCUGCAAAGCGAAUUGGUAUUAUGCUUCGCACAGAUGUCGAAAACUUCUUCUUCUAAUUAUGAACAGAACGACGUCACCAUGCAAAAUCACCGCCGGCAAAAUAGUGAUUUUAUCUAUUGAAAGCUUCGCUACGGUUGUAAAAACGUCUCUAUCUUAUCUCACUAUGUUUCGUUCUCUCCAGUGAUGAUUUGGCGCAUGAAUCAUCAAAAUUGUCUAAAUUAAAAUACAUCUCUUUAAUGUAAUAAAAA